ACACUCCCCUCCCGGACUCUGUUCACAGACGGGGUGGAUGAAAGAGGUAUGCGGGUGCUGUGAUGGUUUCUCCUGAGCAGGAACUCUGAAAAGCGGCCCUGCCGCACAUCUAUAGGAACAACAGCUGAAGUCCGUACCGGUGAGAGAGGCAGCCGGCCAGGACCCGCGGUGGCUCUGGGGUCCCGCCUCCGGGGACGCCGUGCCAGGCACACUGAGUAUGCAAGUCGCCCUUGUGAUGACAGCUUGGCUGGUUUCCGUAGUUCCCAGUCAUGAAUACGGAGCGAACAGUUUGCCUGACAUCAAAAAUGAAGAUUUCAUCAAAGACUGUGUUCGAAUUCAUAACAAGUUUCGAUCAGAGGUGAAACCCACAGCCAGUGCUAUGCUAUACAUGACGUGGGACCCAGCACUAGCCCUAAUUGCAAAAGCGUGGGCAAGAAACUGUAAGUUUGCACACAAUGGACAGCUGCAUUCCAACAGGCUGCACCCCAAUUUCUCUUCAGUGGGAGAAAACAUCUGGACUGGCUCUCUAUCCCUAUUCUCUGCAUCUUCAGCCAUCACAAGUUGGCACAGUGAAGUUCAGGACUAUGACUUCGAGACUCAGAGAUGCACCAAGGUCUGUGGCCAUUACACUCAGGUCGUGUGGGCAGACAGCUACAAAGUUGGAUGUGCAGUACAGCAUUGCCACACAGUCGAUGGCUUUAGACAUUUAACCAACUUAGCACAUUUCAUAUGCAACUACGGACCCGGACAAAGCUACCAAAGGCCAUAUAGAAAAGGAUCUACUUGCAGCGCGUGCCCCAGAGAUGACAAAUGUUUGGAUAACCUCUGCACUAACCUAAAGCGAGACAAAGUCACAGAUUACUACUCGAUUGUGCAUCCUGAUUGGCCAAUAUCUUCACGCAACAGAUACCUAUCUCUCUUUCUCAUUGUUAGUCCACCAAUCCUAAUACUGAGUGCUAUAAUGAUCCUUUGGGUCAAGCACAAAUACCCUCACUUAGUUCUUCCGAACUAAUAAAAUCCACAAAAAACACAAUUCA